AUGGCAGAAGUCAGUGGCAAAUUUAUACAAAAAUAUAAUAACAAAGGAACAUCUGCAGGAGCAGAAAAUAUGGUGCCCAAGGAAGCAGAAGGCGUAUUACCCAAGGGAACAGAUGACAUGGAGCUCAAAGGAGCAGACGAGGUGGUACCCAAAGAAGUAAAAGACGCUGUGUUCAAGAAAACAGAAGACAUAACACCCAAGGAAGCACCUGCUGUGACACCCAAGGGAACAGCAGUCGCAAGAGACAUAACCGAAAAAUAA